GCAAGUAUACACACUUAUAACAAAAAGCUGUAUAACACUUCAAUAGUUCAUCGGUUCAUAGUCCACCCUAGCAUAGUGCAGCGUUAUGUGAGGACACGGUACUUAAAUACACGUGUAAACCCGUUUAUUCGGGUCCCAGCAUUCACUGCUAACUCAAAACUGUUAAUUUACUCGGUGGAUAAAACAAGAUACAAAUAACAUGGGUCGACUUGACGGAAAGAUCGUCGUGCUGACCGCGGCUGCACAGGGCAUAGGGCGGGCGGCAGCGGAGACGUUUGCCAAGGAAGGGGCCACAGUCAUUGCAACCGACAUACAGAUGGAGAAGCUCAAAGAAUUGGAAGCAUUAGGUGUUGAUUGCCGCAAAUUAGACGUCACCGACUCCGCCAUGGUCCUCGAGUUUGCCGCCUCCAUUCCGCGGUUGGAUAUUCUGUUCAAUUGUGCAGGGUUCGUAUUCAACGGCACCAUACUGGAUACAGAGGAGAAGGACUGGGAUUUCUCCAUGGAUCUCAACGUGAAAAGCAUGUACCGUAUUUGCAGGGCCUUCCUGCCCAAGAUGAUUACACAUAAUUCCGGAAAUAUCAUAAAUAUGUCAUCGGUCGCUUCCAGUAUUAAAGGUGUGCCUAAUCGGUUUGUGUACGGUACCACAAAGGCGGCGGUGAUCGGCCUCACGAAGGCGCUCGCAGCGGACUUCGUCGGCAACCACAUCCGGGUCAAUUGCGUAUGUCCGGGCACGGUAGACACGCCAUCGCUGCAGGGUCGUAUCCAGGCCCAGCCCGACCCCGAGCAGGCCCGCAAGGACUUCGUGGCCCGCCAGAAGCUCGGGCGGCUUUGUACUGCACAGGAAGUCGCUAACCUUCUUCUCUUCCUGGCAUCUGAUGAGUCGGAGUACAUAACAGGUCAGCAGUUCAUCAUUGACGGAGGCUGGAGCUUGUAGACUGGGCUCGUACAUCCUGUGCAAGAUCUCAUGCAGCUCGUCCGUGCAUCAUACAGAACCUCGUGGUGGAACACUGUGGUUAAUGCUCGGCGUAAAGUGUUAUGUCAGAUUAGCGGACUACAUAGGCUAAUCUGGGAUGACACUUUACGCACAUGCGUUUCGCCCAGUUUCUUCGGACGAAGCUCAUACACAAUAGCAGGGCUCACAAUAGCGAACAUUCCAAUGCGUUUUAAUACAAUUUAAUAUUUAUAUUCAAGGUACACAAUAAAACUAAUUGAAUA